AUGAACCGGUGGGGGUGGCGCGUGGACCGGCGGAGGAGGAGGAGGAGGUGGAGAGUGCACCGGCGGCGGGGGAGGAGAGUUCGCGGGAGGAGGAGGUGGUGGUGGUGGAGAGUGCACCGGCGGCGGGGGAGGAGAAUUCACCGGAAGAGGAGGUGGCGACGAGUGGACCGGCGGAGGAGGAGGUGGCGGCGAAUGAACCGGUGGGGGUGGCGCGUGGACCGGCGGAGGAGGAGGAGGAGGUGGAGAGUGCACCGGCGGCGGGGGAGGAGAGUUCACGGGAGGAGGAGGUGGUGGUGGUGGAGAGUGCACCGGCGGCGGGGGAGGAGACUUCACGGGAGGAGGAGGUGGUGGUUGUGGAGAGCGCACCGGCGGCGGCGGAGAGUGCUUUGGUGGCGAAGACGGUCGGAGAGGAGGCCGUGGGGGAGGAGAGUGCACCGGCGGCGGGGGAGGAGAGUUCACGGGAGGAGGAGGUGGUGGUGGUGGAGAGCCCAACGGCGGCGGCGGAGAGUGCUUUGGUGGCGAAGACGGUCGGAGAGGAGGCCGUGAGGGAGGAGAGUUCACUGGAGGAGGUGGCGGCGAAUGGACUGGAGGAGAAGGAGGAGGUGGGGGAGAGUGCACCGACGGAGGGGAGUUCACCGGAGGAGGAGGUGGAGAGUGCGGCGGCGGAGGGAGGUUCACCAGAGGAGGGGGUGGUGAAUGGAUGCGUGGGGACGGCGAACUGACCGGAGGAGGAGGUGGGUGA